CACUAUAUUUAGCAGAGACACGAAUAGACAUUUGGAGAUGCUAAAAGUAACCCUUUGAGACAGCUGAAGAGGCAGAAGAUUAAGAAGCAAGAGAAAAAGUAAAGGGAAAGGAAACCCAAUAUAUAGACCUGAUUCUGCAGAGUGACUCAUGUUGAAACUGCACCAGGAUCUGUUCAGCUAAUAAUAUCUCAGUGGCUAACUAUAAAGAGACGAAUUCCUGCAGCCAGUUGCAGGUCCAGGAUACUAUAGUCACCUAUCUCCAGUUUCCCUGUGUUUAUAUCAUGAGAGUUUUAUUCCAGUUUCUGAGGAACCACCAGGAAUCCAAUGUCACUGUGGGAAAGAAUGGUCUAUUAUGUGGAAAUGAAACCUGGUUAUCCUCUGUGAUGGAAGAAUGUGUACAGAAUCUUUGGGAAUUCUGGAGUGCAGUUCUAGGACUUGCCUCGAUUUGCUGUUUUCUUUUUGCUUCUCUACCCCAAAUGUAUGUGGCUUACAAGAAUGAGAAGGCUGACCAUGCACUGUCAGUGGGGUUUCUGCUUUGCUGGGUCUGUGGUGACAUCACCAAUUUUAUUGGCUGUUACUUGACCAAUCAGCUGCUUAUUCAGACUGUUACAGCUAAUUUUUACGUUACCCUUGACAGUAUGAUGAUCUCACAAUUUGUCUAUUAUAAAUUGAAGAAUAGGAAAGGCAGAUGUAAGCAGUAUUUUAUUCGGUCAAAUUCCCUCUUGAAGUGGCUGUGUGUUUCCUGGGUUCUAUUAUGUGUGAUAGCAAUGAUGACUAUAUUACAUUUAUUGAGAAUAUCUCACCAAAGUAGGAGUCGCCCAGGACAAAGGGGUACUUUUGACAUUGAAUUCAUGGGAUACAUCAGUGGCUACAUGUCCUGCAUAUUUUAUCUUGGCUCUCGUUUUCCGCAGCUAUACAAAAAUUUCCAAAGGAAAUCCACAGAGGGUACAUCCUAUUUGCUGUUUGCUCUGGCAAUGCUGGGUAAUACUACAUAUGGACUGAGUGUGGCAGUAAAUGUGCCUGAAAAUAAAGCAUCGGCCAAAAAAUACAUCCUCCAUCAUCUGGCCUGGUUAAUAGGUAGCUUUGGGGUCCUGUUGGUGGAUUUCUUUAUUACUGCACAGUUCAUUAGAUACCGCAAACGAAGCAACUUCUCUCUCCUUUCAGUUCCAGAGGUGGCACCACUCCUUGAUAGUGAAGAGGAGCAGCUGAACAACUUUGCACAAUUGCACCAGUUUAAAUAAAGUAAUUUCUGAAUGUCGGAUUACAUCUAAAUUGCUCUAUAACUUAUUGCUUGUAUUAUUUUAGACUUUAAUCAAAAGCUAAUUUGUUUUAAUAUUUACAUCAUAUUGUAAU